CCACAAAACCAAUGUCGAGGCACAGGGCACAGAUGACCUGCUCGGUCUUCUGAUGUUUAAAGGCUGCUUGCCGAUCUGGUGGGAUGGAAAAUUGGAUAGUAAAUUGGAGAAUUACAUAUUGCUAAUUUCUUAUUACUUCUAUGUAAGGGUAAUCGAAUUGACCGCAAACGUGCUGCGGAUUGGAAGAAUGGACAAGGAACACGUGAAAUAUGUUCUGGUCCUUCAGUUAAUAUUCAAAAUUCGACAUUCUCCGGAAAUAUUGGGACUAUCAAUGAUAAAACCACGAGUUGAAAAUCAGGACACGAUAAAACAACAGCGAACAAGAAGCGGAAGAAAUAUACCGGAUUAUCAGGAAUUUUUUGAACAAGAAUCAACCGACGGGGAUGAAAGUUCACUUCAAGAAAAUGAAGAGGAAACAAGUGAAAAGGGAUUGGACAUCGAUUCUUUUGAAGAUCUUUCAAAAGAGAAUAGUGAGAAAGAACCUGUUCGAGACGAUGUGAUAAAAGAUAUAUUAGGAAUCACUAUUGAUUACUCGGAUGCAACAAAAGAAAUUUUGUUGACUUAUAAAGAACAAGAUUCUGAUGGCGAUCUAAUUGACCUUCGAUUAAAUUCAUCCUUUUUCAAAAAACUUCCAAAAACGUUAGCAAGAUCAUAUCUAAUGGAGAUGGAUAGCAUAACCGAAUCAUUGGUUCCCGUAAAUGUUCAUGAAUUUCUUGUUAAAUUUUUUUCACAAAAUCUAACAGCCAAGGAGUGGAAUUAUCAAAUUGAUGAUUUAAGAGCACCCGAAAAGGAUGAUUUUAUAAUGAGUGCGGUAGUUCGAGUUUUACGUCGUACAUUGCCACAAUUUAUUAAGGCAUUUUCGCUUGAAGAUCAAAACCCACUUUUAAAUAUUACCACAAUAGAACAUGCACAUCUUAAUGCUUUUGUUCAUCCAUGCCUUGACACUUUUUUGUG